AUGAGCUCCCUCAAAUUCGUCGUGUCCUCGCUCGAGGCCAUUGCCUCGUCCAAGGAUGCCCAGCGCAACAAGCAGCUGGCCGAGUCCACCACAAAGGCCCUCGAUGCCAUCAAAGAGCAGGACCAGCUCCCCGACCCCGAGAUAGUCUUCGCUCCUCUGCAGCUGGCCUCGCGAUCUACCAAUGUCCAGCUUACCACGACUGCCCUCGACUGCAUCGGAAAGCUUAUUUCUUACUCAUACUUCUCCGUCCCGGGCAGCCCUCCCGAGGGAACCGAAGAUGGCGCCGAACCUGCUCCCCCCCUGAUCGAGCGAGCCAUCGAUACCAUCUGCAACUGCUUCCAGGGCGAGACGACCGCUGUCGAGAUUCAGCUACAGAUUGUCAAGUCCCUGCUUGCCGCUGUCCUCAAUGACAAGAUUGUCGUCCAUGGCGCUGGCCUCCUCAAGGCCGUGCGCCAAGUCUACAAUGUCUUCCUGCUGUCGCGGAGCACCGCCAACCAGCAGGUAGCACAAGGUACCUUGACGCAGAUGGUCGGUACUGUCUUUGAGCGUGUCAAGACGAGAUUGCACAUGAAGGAGGCCCGUCUGAACCUCGAGAACCUAAAGCAUGGCUCUAGCAAUGUCACCUUUGACCAGGCCGACUCGACCAACGGCGCCCACGAUGGCCAUGACCGCGACGACUCGCCCGCUACGCCGGAUAAUGGUUCUGCCUCUGUAGAGCCCUCAGAGAGCGCUGUUAAGCUCACCCUGAAGGAUCUUGAACAUCGCAAGAGCUUCGACGACUCGAAUCUUGGAGAUGGACCUACCAUGGUCACCCAGCUCAAGCAUCAUAAGGAGACAGAUGCUUCAGCCUCUGACCACACGGGGCACGAUUCUGGAUCAGCAGAAGAUAGCGAGGUGCUGGACGCCGAAGAUGAGGUCUACAUCCGCGAUGCCUACCUCGUCUUCCGAUCCUUCUGCAACCUGUCCACCAAGGUUCUGCCGCCCGAUCAGCUCUACGAUGUCCGCGGCCAGCCGAUGCGCUCCAAGCUUAUCUCCCUCCACCUCAUCCACACCCUCCUCAACAACAACAUUGCCGUCUUCACUUCGCCCUUGUGUACGAUUAAGAAUUCUAAAAGCAACGAACCUACGAGUUUCCUUCAAGCUAUUAAGUUCUACCUCUGUCUCAGCAUCACUCGCAAUGGCGCGAGCUCGGUCGACAGGAUAUUUAAUGUCAGCUGCGAGAUCUUUUGGUUGAUGCUCAAGUAUAUGCGAGCCGAUUUCAAGAAAGAAAUUGAGGUUUUCCUCAACGAGAUCUACCUCGCCCUCCUGGCCCGGAAGACGGCGCCCCUAUCUCAAAAGCUUCAGUUCGUCACUGUGCUUAACCGACUCUGCGCCGACCCCAAGGCCUUGGUCGAAAUCUACCUUAACUACGACUGCGAUCAGACCGUCGACAACAUUUAUCAGACGAUCAUCGAGGAUUUGUCCAAGUUCUCCACCACCCCUAUCACUAUCACCACCAUCCACGAGCAAGUGUACGAAGAGAUGCGGGCAAAGACGAACCCUGCGAGCGAGUGGCAGCUCAAGGCGACUCUGCCGCCUCCUUUGACUGUUGCCCACAUCGCACCGCACCAGGAGCCUGAGCCUGACUACCCCAAGGAAUACGCCAUUAAGCGACUAUCAAUUGAGGCAUUGGUUGAGACUCUUCGGUCCUUGGUGAACUGGUCGGCACCGAUCCGGGGCGAUGCCGAACCCGCGCGGAACGAAAACACCGACAACAAGGCGUCGUUGGAUUACAUCAGACCGUCUAUCGAUCCUAGUAUCAACGAUAGCUCCUCCCGUAUUGAGACGCCUCUUCCACCAUCUACUCCCAUACUCGAGGAUGACCCUGAUCAGCUGGAGAAGGAGAAGGCGAGGAAGACGGCCUUGACAAACGCCAUCAGGCAGUUCAACUUCAAGCCGAAGAAGGGAAUCAAGCUGUUGCUCCGUGAUGGUUUCAUCGCAAGUGAAAGCCCCAAGGACAUUGCCGAGUUCUUGUUGAAGGAAGACAAGCUCGACAAGGCCCAGAUUGGCGAGUACCUGGGUGAGGGUGACCAGUUCAACAUUGACACCAUGCAUGCCUUUGUCGACACAAUGGAGUUUGCUAAGCGGCGCUUUGUCGAUGCUCUGCGCCAGUUCCUCCAGUCCUUCCGUCUGCCAGGUGAAGCUCAGAAGAUUGAUCGCUUCAUGCUCAAGUUUGCUGAGCGCUAUGUUCUGGGCAACCCCAACGCCUUUGCCAACGCCGAUACCGCCUAUGUCCUCGCCUAUUCGGUCAUUCUCCUGAACACUGAUCUCCACAGUGUCAAGGUUGCCAAGCGCAUGAGCAAGGAGGAGUUUAUCAAGAAUAAUCGCGGUAUUAACGACAACGCCGAUUUGCCCGAUGACUACCUCCUGGGCAUCUAUGAUGAGAUUGCAGCCAACGAGAUCGUGCUCAAGAGUGAGCGUGAUGCGGCGGCGGCGGCUGGCAACGCCCCAGCUCCAUCUGUUGGCAUUGCCGCGGGUCUUGGUCAGGCUCUGUCCAACGUUGGCCGAGAUCUGCAAAGAGAAGCAUAUGUGCAGCAGUCGGAAGAGAUUGCCUUGCGCUCCGAGCAACUGUUCAAGAACUUGUUCAAGAGCCAGCGCCGGAACGCCACCAAGAGUGGCCCCAAGUACAUCGAGGCAACCUCAUUCAAGCAUGUUGGACCCAUGUUCGACGUGACCUGGAUGUCCAUCUUCUGGACCCUCUCGAGCCAGAUUCAAAAAUCUCAUAACCUCGAGGUCAACAAGCUGUGCCUAGAGGGCAUGAAGCUGGCUACCAGGAUUGCCUGCCUCUUUGACCUUUCCACUCCCAGGGAGGCGUUCAUGUCAGCCUUGAAGAAUGCCACCAACUUGAACAACCCGCAGGAAAUCCUGGCCAAGAACAUUGAGGCUCUCAAGGUCAUCCUCGAACUGGGACAGACUGAGGGCAACGUUCUUCGAGAUUCUUGGAAGGACAUCUUGAUGUGCAUUAGUCAGUUGGACCGACUGCAGCUUAUUUCAGGCGGCGUGGACGAGAGUGCUAUUCCCGAUGUUUCCAAGGCCCGUUUCCUGCCUCCGCAAAGGACAGAAACUUCAGACUCUCGGUCUUCGACCCAGUCCAAGCGGCCUCGGCCAAGGUCAGGCACCGCCGGAUCCAAGGGUUUCUCAACCGAGAUUGCGCUUGAGAGUCGCUCGGACGAAGUGAUUCGCAGCGUCGAUCGCAUCUUCACCAACACGGCAAACCUCACUGGCGAGGCCAUGGUUCACUUUGCCAAGGCUCUGACUGAGGUCAGCUGGGAUGAGAUCAAGGUGUCAGGGUCCAACGACUCCCCUCGAACGUACAGCUUGCAGAAGAUUGUCGAGAUCAGCUACUACAACAUGGAUCGUGUAAGGUUCGAAUGGAGCAAUAUCUGGGAUGUUUUUGGCGAGCACUUCAACCGAGUGGGAUGCCAUAACAACAUGAACAUUGUCUUCUUUGCUCUCGACUCGCUGCGUCAGCUGUCGAUGCGCUUCAUGGAGAUUGAGGAGCUGGCGGGUUUCAAAUUCCAAAAGGACUUCUUGAAGCCCUUUGAGCAUGUGCUUGCCAACUCGCACAACGUCACGGUCAAGGAUAUGGUUCUGCGAUGUCUGAUCCAGAUGAUCCAGGCCAAGGGAGAUAACAUCCGCUCAGGCUGGAGAACCAUGUUUGGCGUCUUCACGGUGGCGGCCCGUGAGCCAUACGAGAGCAUCGUCAACCUGGCGUACGAGAAUGUCAACCAAGUGUACAAGACCAAGUUUGGUGUUGUCAUCUCUCAAGGCGCGUUUACCGACCUCAUUGUGUGCUUGACCGAGUUCUCCAAGAACCUCAAGUUCCAGAAGAAGAGCCUGGCAGCCCUGGAGCUGCUGAAGUCUCUGAUUCCUGCCAUGCUCAAGACACCCGAGUGCCCGUUGUCGCAAAAGUACAACAAGACGGCCGCCCCAGAGGGAGCCCCUAAGUCACCGGAGAUCAAGCGAUCCCGAUCAAAUACAUCGGUCGAGGAGGGCUACUGGUUCCCUGUACUCUUCGCCUUCCACGACGUCCUGAUGACAGGCGAGGACCUGGAGGUGCGUUCAAAUGCUCUCGAGUACUUCUUUGAAACCUUGCUCAGGUAUGGCGGUGACUUCCCAUCUGAAUUCUGGGAUAUUCUGUGGCGACAGCAGCUCUACCCCAUCUUCAUGGUGUUGAGGUCUCGACCAGAGAUGACCAACGUUCUGAACCAUGAGGAGCUCUCAGUUUGGUUGUCGACCACUAUGAUUCAAGCACUUCGAAACAUGAUCACCUUGUUCACGCAUUACUUUGAUGCCUUGGAGUACAUGUUGGACAGGUUCUUGGAGCUUCUGGCGCUCUGCAUCUGCCAAGAGAACGACACUAUCUCUCGGAUUGGAAGCAACUGCCUGCAGCAGCUGAUCUUGAAGAAUGUCACCAAGUUCAAGCCUCAGCACUGGAAUAAGCUUGUCGGUGCCUUCUGCGAGCUGUUUGAGCGAACAACAGCGUAUCAGCUAUUCACUGCCACAGCAAUCAACUCAACGGCGUCGAUAGAGCCCCCACCCAACGGACUCGAUUUCUCCAGCACUCCGCAAACCGAUGUUCCAGUGGACGAGAAGUCGCUCAAGAUUAACGGCACCGAGGAGGCCGACGAUGACUCGAUCGCGCCUCCGUUGUCUCCCCGACAGGCCGAGGAGGACUUGCGCACACCGACGGCAGAGAGCCCCCAAGCUCCAUUGGAAGAGUUUAAGCCAUCAUCGAACCUUCAGCAGCAGCCGAUUGUUGUGACGGCAGCUCGGCGACGAUUCUUCAACCGAAUCAUCUCCCGCUGCGUUCUUCAGCUCCUCAUGAUCGAGACAGUCAAUGAGCUGUUUAGCAACGACACGGUCUACACACAUAUCCCAUCGACCGAGCUCCUGCGACUGAUGGCACUGCUCAAACGAUCCUUCCAGUUCGCUCGCCGCUUCAACGAAGAUAAGGAGCUCCGAAUGAGGCUGUGGCGAGAGGGCUUCAUGAAGCAGCCCCCUAACCUCCUGAAGCAGGAGAGCGGGUCUGCUGCCACAUACAUCUCGAUCCUCUUCCGCAUGUUUGCGGAUAACGCACCGGAGCGACUGGAGAGCCGGCCUGACGUUGAGGCUGCUCUGGUACCUCUGUGCAAGGACAUUGUUCACAGCUACUCUACUUUGGAGGAUGAGAGCCAGCAUCGCAACAUCAUUGCCUGGCGGCCGGUUGUGGUUGAUGUUCUGGAGGGGUUUGCGACGUUCCCCGAGGACGCCUUCAAGACACACAUCCCUGACUUUUACCCCUUGGCGAUCGACCUGCUCAUCAAGGACCUCACUCCUGAUUUGCGAGCGGCACUCUUGGUAGUGCUGCGCCGAGUUGGAGAGGUUGGCCUUGGAAUCGAGGGCAUGUCUCGACCUGGUGACGAUCGACGGGAUAGCGUUGUGAGCCGGACUACGGAAGGCACAAUUGCGGACCAUGAGGCGGACGCACGGAGGAUGCUGUAG